CGGGCGAGCGGGCGGGCGGGCGCAGUUCACUCCCCUCAGCUCCACCCCUGGUCCCGUCCUGUCCCGUCCCGGCGGUGCCACGGAGGGUGCUCGGUGCUCGCUGUCAAUGGAGGUGGGAGUCGGCGCUGAAGCGGAGCCUUUGUUGCCCCGGCGAAGCUGGCGAAGGGGACAGGGGCUGUGGCUCUCCGGGAGCGGUGCCCGCUCCGCCGCAGAGGACGGUACUGGAGCUGAUAAUGACCUUUAUAUAAACCAAGCUAUAGUAUUCAUUGAAGAUGCAAUACAGUAUCGAUCUAUAAAUCACCGGGUGGACUCCAAAUCCCUGUGGCUUUAUAGAUGGUACUACUCAAGAACUUGUCAGUGGAUUUUGAGUUUAACCAUUACUGUAAUCCUGGUUUUGGCUUUCAUUGAGAAGCCUUCCUCAUUCACCAUCACCUCAGAUGUACGAUACCGUGUUCCUGCGUGGAACCCUCCGUGUGGCCUGACAGAAAGCAUUGAGCUGCUUUGUUUUCUUGUCUUCAUAGCUGAUGUAUCUGUGAAGAGUUACUUAAUUGGAUGGGAAGAAUUCUGGAAGAAUAAAUGGCUAAUGGCUUAUAUACUGACAUUAGUUGUUUCCCUUACUGAUUGGGUUGUAUCACUGAGUUUUUUCUGCACAGAGAAUGUGAGAAUAAGAAGAAUUCUUCGCCCUUUCUUUCUCCUUCAGAAUUCCUCUAUGAUGAAGAAAACAUUAAAAAGUAUUAACAGCACAUUGCCUGAAAUGGCAAGUGUUGUUCUACUGCUAGCUGUUCAUCUGUCUCUCUUCACCAUGUUUGCCAUGCUGCUGUUUGCUCGAACAAAGGAUGGGCAGCAGGAUAAGGAGUGGAUGAAAUAUUUCCGGAAUUUGCCAGAUUCGCUGACAUCGCUGCUGGUCCUGCUAACUACUGCAAAUAAUCCUGAUGUGAUGAUUCCUGCAUAUUCGAAGAAUCGAGCAUAUUCAAUCUUCUUCAUACUCUUCACUGUAUUAGGCAACUUGUUUCUGAUGAACUUAAUUACAGCAAUAAUAUACAACCAGUUUCGAGGAUACCUUCUGAAAUCAGUCCAGUCCUCCCUCUUCAGGAGGCGACUGGGGAUCCGGGCUGCUUUUGAAGUGCUUUCUUCCCUGAAAGAAACUGUUGCUAAUGCACAACAGUCUUAUGUCAGUGUUGAGGCCUUACUGAGAGUGGUGCAGAAAGUGGACAUGGAUCAUCGCUGCAAGCAAACCAUCACCAGAUCACUCAAAAUGUGCUCCUCUGACAAGCUGUCAGCUGCCCAGUUUCAGAAGUUCUUUGAAGAACUGGACAAAGAUGCCAUUAAACAACAUCCUCCCAGUCCAGAGUACCAGUCUCAUUUGAUGCAGAAGGUGCAGUUUGCCUUUGGCCAUCCCUACUUCGGCUACUUGGGGAAUGUUGUAGCCCUGGCAAACAUUAUUUCUAUCUGUGUGGUUUUGGUGAUGGAUGCAGACAAACAGCCUUCUGAAAGAGAUGACUUCUUCCUGGGGGCUAUCAACUGCUUCUUCAUCCUCUACUAUCUGCUGGAAAUGUUGCUGAAAAUCGUAGCAAUGGGCUUGAGAAGAUACUUGUCAUACCCAAGCAACAUAUUUGAUGGACUCCUGACAGUAAUUUUGCUGAUUUUGGAGAUUGCAACUUUUGCUGUGUAUGGAUUUCCUCAUCCUGGUUGGAGACCUGAGAUCAUGGGCUUGUUAUCCCUGUGGGAUAUGGUGCGACUGGUGAACAUGUUCAUUGUGUUCAGGUUCCUGAGGAUUAUUCCCAAUAUGAAGUUCAUGUCUUUGGUUGUUACAACAUUGCUGGAUCUGGUAAAAAACUUGAGAGCCUUUGCAGGAAUCCUUGUGGUGGUUUUCUAUGCAUUUGCUCUAACUGGCAUAAUGCUAUUCAAAGGUGCUGUUGUUCCCUUGGGAAAUAGCAGUGCUGUCAAUACAACAGAUGACAACAGCACUCAGCAGUGUGGCACCUAUGAGCAGCUGGAGUAUUGGUCAAACAACUUCGAUGACUUUGCUGCAGCAGUGGUGACCCUCUGGGAUGUGAUGGUGGUAAACAACUGGCAAGUCUUUUUGGAAGCAUUUUCAAGAUACUCAAGCCCGUGGGCAAAGAUCUAUUUUGUAGCCUGGUGGUUGAUCUCUUCUGUCAUCUGGGUUAAUCUCUUUGUAGCUUUACUUCUAGAGAACUUCAUUCACAAGUGGGACCGUCGCUGUCACCGAGAGCCUGUUUCAGAUGUUGAAUACCAGAGGACAGUUGAACUGAUGUUCAGAGAUGUUUUGGAAGAGCCUACAGAGGAAGAGUUGAUGGAAAAGCUGCAUGAGCAUCCCCACCUGCAGUUAUGUAGGUGACUGGUGGGAAGGACUGAUUUAUCUGGACCUCUGUUUUCUUGAGGCUGCCAUCAGGAAGGAACUGAAUGGAUUUUCUUUGAGGUGCUGUUAAGAGAGAAGUUUGUAGGACAGUGUGUGAGGUUUUGCUUGGCAAUUCUCUGCAGAAGGAAGUUUUAAAAUUUUGGUUCACAUCUUUUUUUUUUUGGAAAAAGAUUUGAAUCUUGCUGUUUUGACUUGAUUUUAAGUUACAAUUUUAGACGAUUAUUUCAACUGUUAUUUUUAUAAACUGUUGAGAUUGGGAAGUUUGGUUGUUUUUUUUUUUUUUAAGAAGGGAAAGUGUGUUUAAAAUGACAGUGCACUUUAAAACAUGAACUUCGUAACCACUAAGCCUCCUACUUUUUUUCAGCACAACAAAAUGGAACUGCUCUUUGUGGUAGGUGAGUGGCAAGGGCUGUGCCCUGCAGUUCAUGAGUGGAUUAGGCAGGAGCAGAACCAAAUCCUUAAUCUUUUUGUAGUGAGAGUUGAAACACUAUUUUUAUUGAAAUAUGACACCAGCAUAUUUACCAAAUUUUCAGGAGUUAAUUGCUUCAGGACACAAUCAAUUUCAACACAGUAACAAGGAGUGUCUACUUUGCACAUCCCCUCUGUUUCUUUGUUUGGAUCUGGCAUUCCUGUGGGUUGCAUCAUGCUGGUAAAUGGGAGCAGUUAUAGCUUUGAAUGGAGCAAUUGCACUUGUGGUUUUCAAUGUGGUAAAAUGGAGCUCUCUUUUAGCAUAAAUAUCCUCAUAAUACUUUUUACUGAACCUCUUCCUUUUACUUUCUUCCAAGUCCUGUUCUCUACAGUGUCAUAUUCAGUGAAAAUGCUGUGGGGAAUGAACUUUGCCUGGAAUGUAGCACCGUGAUCACUGCAAGUCUCCAACAGAAAGGGGGGAGAAAAGAAAAUGUUGAAAGGGGGUAAUAAAAGUGCUUAGCAGUUUUAAUUUCAUUCACAUUGGUGGGAACUGAAAGUGCUCAACCAGCAUUGCAGGCUCACAUUCCUUUAUGGCUUAAUGACCACAUGCUGUAUCCUUGUAGCUUUCACCUGGGUAAAACUUUUUGGGCAAAUAACUUUGUCAAGAAAUCUAAAGUGGAGAAUUAACAAUAAGCCAUGUCCAUGUGCUUCUCAUUUUCCCUUACUAUUCCUCUAAAAAAGGGUUUUUGUGUGAGUCUUUGUGACAUCACUAGUAAAUCAGUAUGAAGAAUAGAAUCAACCCCAGCAACUGUUUUCAUAAAAAUGAAACCAUCCUUUUGGGUGCUUCCUUGGCAUUGAGACACUUCUCACCAAAACAGAUAUUGUUGCUGCCAUCUCUGCAUUGACAAAAUCUUGGAGAAAAUAGUUGGCCAUAUGAUACUGCUACUAUUUAUAAGUUAUUUGAUCCUUUUUUUAGAUAACAAAACAUUUUUGAGAAGUGCCAAGCAGUCAUCCUGUGUACAUUUCCUACUCUAUUUUUAGUGAUUCCUCCUUUCUUUCCUGCACAAGGGAGAGGAAUAUAUCUGGGAUGAUAGUGCAUUUGAGCUCAAAAGCAUUUCUGAAUUGGUGUUUCACUGUUUAGAAGCCCCAUAAUGAUUCUUGCCUAUUUCUUUAUCUUUUGCUUGUGUUUUCCUUGUGCUGUAGAACAAAAUAUGUGUUGUAGCUUGCAAGAAUGUGCAGCACAUCUGAACUGAGCUCUGAGCCACUCCAGCAAUCUUUCUUUACUGUUGUGAUCUUGUCCCUGUUUGGUCUCAUGUCUCUUCUCCAGAAUAAUCCACCCAGUAACUCACUUGCAGUAGUUUCAGUGGUGUUCCCAUGCUUAGUUUCAAUCAUGCACUUUGUCUACUUGCUAUGAUGUGUGUUCUAAGGCAUUGGCACGCAGCCUUUCUAGAUUUGGGUUUGGUUUAUUUUUGUAUGUUUUGAUGUCAGGAUGGUUUCUGCUCCUUUGAGCAUGAUGUAAUCACUGUCACCAAUUUAUUGGCAUUUAAUAAAGGAGGUUGAAUACUCUUAUUUUGCUCUUUCCCCCCUGACUUCUGAAUCUUUGGAGAAGUAGCUUUGCCUUGCCAAAGAGGAAGUGGUUCUUAUCUGUCUGCAAGUUUAAAUUUUAUUUUUUUUUGUCUCAUAAGGUUGGUUCUGGUUUGUUUUGGGUUUUUUUUUGUCAUUACAGUCUUCUACAAAACAACCCAGCUUGGUGUGUGGUUAUCACAAACAUCACAAAUGUCUUCAUUAUGCAGUGUUUGCAUCUGGACAACGUGAAGAAGUCUUUCUGUAGGAAAUGUUCUUGUUUCACAGUUGUGUAGUUGACUCAAAAUGUAAUUAGAAUUUAUUACAAAAUUGUGAUACCUGAUGUCACUUGUACAGAAAGAUGUAAAUGCCAAGUCUAAAUGCAAUAAUUGUAUAAAUCAUGGAAACAAAUGUAUGUAACUGGGUACAAUUUGAGGUUUCUCCUAUUAAAAAAGUCACUUCUCCCUCUUAAAAUAU